CAAAGCUACCAACUCAAAGCACCUGAUUAAAGUUAUUUUUAUUUAUUAGCUACAUUUUUCCAAUAAUAUUAUUUAAUAAAUUUAACGAUGAUUUAACGAUAACCUGUUAGUGAGUGAUAACCACAGAAAUAACACGCAGGGCGAGUGCAUAUAUUAAAAAUCAGAGGUCAAACUUGAAUCUGGAAACAAUGUCGCCAACCUUAAUUUAACUUAAUUUUAUAACCUUACUUUUUUUAAACAACAAAAUGAGCAAAAAGCAUGAAUUGUUAUCAAAAAUCGGAUUGCGACAGGAUGGGAGACGAGCCGACGAGUUGCGGAGAAUUCGUUGCAAACUGGGUGUAUUUACUGAGCCUGACGGAAGCGCAUAUUUGGAACAAGGAUUGACUAAAAUUUUGGCGGCUGUAUAUGGACCCCACCAAGUCCGUGGCAGUCGCAGUAAGGCGCAACAUGAUUCGGCUGUGGUCAAUUGCCAGUUCAGUAUGGCUGUGUUUUCAACAGGGGAGAGGAAGAAGCGGCCCCGUGGGGACCGCAAGUCAACUGAAAUCUCGAUACAUUUAAGGCAGGCUUUAACUGCGGCAAUAAAAAUCGAAUUGUAUCCCUGGACACAGAUAGAUGUUUAUGUUGAGGUUCUUCAUGCAGAUGGGGGCAUUUAUCCAGCUUGUGUUAACGCCGCUACUUUGGCUCUAAUUGAUGCAGGGAUUCCUUUAAAGGAGUACGUCUGUGCGUGUACUGCAAGCUUAGCCAAUAAUGAUGUUCCACUACUUGAUGUUUCUCACCAAGAGGAGAUAAUAGGGGGGCCCACUUUGACAGUAGCAGCGCUACCAAUGUCGGGAAAAAUUGUUUUGAUGGAAAUGUCACAGAGGUUUCAUGUAGACCACUUACAGAAAGUUUUAGACAAGGCUUUGCAAGGAUGUAAAGACAUUAAAAAUAUCCUAGAUGAAGCUGUUAAAAGCCAUAUACAGGAUGUUGGUACUUCAACAGGAUGGGCGAGUACAACGUAAGAGCAUGUAUAGAAUAUAUUUUUGACAAUUAUCGAUUAUAUUACAUUAUAAAAGAAUCUUUUUUAAUUAAUUAAAUAAUGUAUAGAAAAGCUA